AUGUUGGCAACAGAAAGAGAGCGGCGCUCAAAUGCAGGGGGCAAGAUGGCCAAACUUUUGGAAGCGGAAGAUGAGGAUGACUUUUACAAGACCACAUAUGGAGGGUUCGAGGAGGAAGAAGAGGACAGAGAUUACAACUCCUCCCAGUCAGAUUCUGAUGAUAUCAUUGACUCUGAUUUCAGUAUAGAUGAAAACGAUGAGGUGAAGAGUGAUGACAAUGAUGAUGAAGGGAAACCAAAGCGGAAGAAAAAAGGAGUUGUUACAAAAGCAUACAAGGAUCCUAAAGGGGACAAGGAAAAGAAGCCUCCAACAAAGAAGCUGAAAACAGAAAAGUCAACAGAGGUGCCAUCAGUCCAGAUCUAUGUAUCUCCAGAAAGAAAGUCCGUGAGGAGAUCGACAGCUCUGAAGUCAGAAGCAGCAUUAUCCAGACAAAAGUUGGAUCAGCAGCGGGACAAGAUACUCAAAGACAUGGCAAUCAAGAAAAAUGUUUCUCACAUUCGCAGGAUGACCCAAGAGGAACUUCUGGAGGAAGCCAAGAUCACUGAAAAGCAGAAUAUGAAAAGUUUAGAGAACUAUCAGAAGCUGGAGCUGGAGAAGAAACGGGCAAGGGUAGUUAAACAAGCUUAUCAUGGCCCUAUCAUCCGCUACCACUCUCUCACCAUGCCUUUGAUUGAGGAGUUGCCGUACGAACCAGACGUUGAUGUUGAUUCUGAAGAGGUUGCUGAAACCAAGAAGCCAGAGUUGUCUGUAGACGAGAAGUGUGAGAGGACGUUCAUCACUUUCACAGAUGAGUCCACUUUUAAAGAGAUUUUCCCUCAAGUAAAAGCUAAGCCACCUAGCAGAGCCAUAUGUCCAGUGACCAAGUUACCAGCCAAAUACAUUGACCCAGUCACACAGACACCUUAUGCCACUGCCCAAGCAUUCCACCUGAUUCGAGAUGCAUACACUCGUCAGCUGGAGAAUGAAAACAAAAAUCGCUCAGCCAGCCCCGUGAACAUAAAUGGCCAGAGAAAAAAGGAAAAAGACAAAUCAUCGGGUUCUCCGCAGAUGUUGUCGACAAGUGCAUGA